AUGAGUGUUGUCGUUGUCUGCCUCAACCCAGUAAUCCAGAAAACUCUUAAGUUUUCAUUGUUAAGUGUUGGUGAGGUCAAUAGAGCCAAAGAAUCAUAUUGGUGUAGCUCUGGGAAGGGAGUUAAUGUGUGUCGAGUACUCACGCAACUUCAUGUUCCAAAUGUAUUACUAACACAAGUCAAUGGGCAACACGAGAAGUGGUUUACUGAGAUGUGUGCAAAAGAUGGGGUUCAUUUGUGUACAGUCAAAGCUGGGGGUAUUCGGUUUUGUACGACAGUGUUAUGUAAUUCUGAAGCCACUGAGUUAGUCGAAGAAGGUAUUCCAGUGACCGAAAGUAGUGAAUUGUUUAUUGAAGCAUUCCAAAAGUUGAUAACGACACACAAGUUUAAGAUAGUUGUGUUCACUGGAAGUAUCGCACCGGGUAUCCCGUCGAACAUUUUUUCUCGAAUGACAAAAAUUGCAAAAGAAGAACAAUGUUUUGUUAUCGGAGAUGUCAGAGGCGAUGUCCUCACUGAAAUGCUUAAAGAGAAUGUCGACCUCAUUAAACCCAACAAAGAGGAGUUUUUAAGUACUUUUGGAUCUUUAGAGAAAGCCGUUGAUAUAUCAAAAUUAGCAACGCUCAUCAUCACUGAUGGUAAAAACAAGACGUCUAUAUAUAGUAACGGUGUCUUGUCUCAUGUUGACAUAGAAAGAGUGAACCAAAUAGUUAAUCCAAUAGGAUGCGGUGAUUCAUUCACAGCUGGAUUAGCAUCAGUUCUACUUAAAAAUGAAGACCUUAAUAUGGCCGUUAAAGAAGGACACCACUGCGCUGCACUCAACUUACAAACGUUAACACCGGGGUCUCUUUUGUAA